AUGGAUUCCGCCGCCCAAGCGAGAUACGAUCUCAUCAGCGAGAACCUCGCCGAGGUUCUCAACCCCGAAAUCAUCGAGAAGAUUCUUGCCGAGGGGCGCAACCCGCGGAUUUACUGGGGCACAGCAACAACCGGCCGUCCGCACACUGGAUACUUUGUUCCUGCAAUUAAACUCGCACAGCUGCUGGCUGCAGGAUGUGACGUGGUGGUCUUGCUGGCCGAUAUCCAUGGCUUCCUCGACAAUCUUAAGGCGCCACUCGAGCUGGUUGAGAGUCGCGCCAAAUACUACGCCAAGGUGAUUACGGCAAUCCUCGAGUCCGUGGGCGUGCCGACGGAGAAGCUGGAGUUUAUCCUGGGCAGCUCCUACCAGAAGAGCCCCGACUAUGUGAUGGACGUCUACCGGAUGGCGUCGCUGGUUUCUGAGCACGACGCGAAGAAGGCCGGCGCGGAAAUUGUCAAGCAGUCGGAUAAUGCGCCAUUGAGUGGCCUGCUCUACCCUAUCCUGCAGGUGCUUGACGAGGAGCAUCUCAAGGUGGACGCGCAAUUAGGAGGUGUCGACCAGAGGAAGCUUUUCGUUGCCGCAAAGGAAUGGCUGCCCAAGCUUGGAUACCGAGAGCGCGCCCAUCUCAUCAACCCGAUGGUUGCCGGUCUCAGCGGAGGCAAGAUGAGCUCUAGCGUCCAGGACAGCAAAAUCGAUCUCCUCGACUCUGCCGAGAGCAUCUCGAAGAAGAUCCGCAAGGCGGAAUCGGCUCCCAAGGUCGUUGAAGGUAACGGCAUUGUCGCCCUGGUCGAGUACAUUCUUCUCCCGGCGGCCGCUCUUCGGGGCCGCAAGGAGUUCCGAGUCGAGCGCAGAGAUGCAGAGCCCUUGAUCUACACCGAUAUCAAGCAGCUGCACGAUGACUACAUGAACGAUGUUUUAACACCACAGCUGCUCAAGCCUGCCGUCGCAGAGGGGCUGGUCAGCCUGAUGGCUCCGAUCCAGGCAGCCUACCAAGCCUCCCCCGAGUGGCAGGAGAUCACGGCCAAGGCCUACCCGCCCGAGAUUGCGCCCAAGAAGCAGAAGAAGGUCAAGGAUAAGGGCUCUCGCUACCCCGGGGCGCCCAAGGAACAAAGCAAACCAGAGGGAGAGGAGACGCAAGCUGCCCAAUAGACAGGCUUCCACUGUCUAGUGAGAUACAGGCUAGCCAG